CUAUAAUAAUAUGGCAGACCAGACAGAUAAUCCAGUGAUUUCCAUCCUUGAAAAGCACAAGGAUGAAAGAACCCCAGCAGAAAUUGAUAAAUUGUGCCAUCUUUUGAAAAGCAUCGAGUUCUUUGAAGAGAGAAAUAUUCGGGAGAAAUACUAUCCCGAAAUCGUUCCAUGACUUAAGCUUCAACGGUUCAAACGUGAUGAAUUUGUGUUUCAUAAAGGUGAUGAAGGAAAGCACUUCUUUAUCAUCCUCAGAGGCUCUGUCAGCGUGUGUGUUCCCAACGCGACCAAAAUCAAGAACUUGCCCAGAGCCAGGCAGGAAGUAGAAGACUUUUUAAAAUUUAAACCAAAGGAAACUCAGAAUGCUCAUAGAAGAAAAUAACACUGAAGGUGAUUUUGUCACAGACUCUGAGGCUGAAGGGGAAUGUGACGAAGGGGAUGAGAGCGAUAUGGAGGAUGAAAAUACUUCUAAGGCUCUGAGCCAGAUCACGAAAAAUAGCGGAACCCCCACUAGGCUCCAUUCUAAGACUUUAAUGGGUGAGCCAAAGCCUAGUCAAUUCAAAGCCAACCUCAAUCCAACAACUGGGAAAUCGAAAGUGGGUACGAUUGAGAAAUUUGAUAAACUUAAUCCAAUCAAAAAGCUAGAAUUUUGGGAGAAUGAGCCUGACUUGCUCGAAGUAGCAAUUCUUAACGAUGGCGCUUCAUUUGGUGAAGUCGCACUUAUCGAAGAUAAGCCAAGAGGAGCUGGAAUUAAAUGUGUAACUGAUUGCAUAUUCGCUACAAUGGAUAGAGAAGACUACACAAAAACUCUCAGUCGUAUCGAGAACAGAAAUAUUAAUAAAAUUAUCGACUUCUUUAAAGACCUUCCUUACUUUUCAAGUUAUGGAAGAGCUGCUUUGGACAAGAUCCGGUUCCUGUUUGUAAGAAUUAAAUAAGAAGAGAAAACAUGUAGUUUAUAAAGAAGGAGACCAUUCAGAGUACGUCUACAUUGUGUUGAAAGGAGAGUUCGAGCUCAUCAAGAAAGUCAAGCAGAGAGAAGUAAAGGAAAUAAACUUCAAAAGAUACGUAAAGAGUAACAUGCUCGGUGAUUCUCGUGCAGAUUAUGGGAUGGGGAAGUCAGAGGUCGACCAUAAGGUAGCCCAGUUUUCCAAAAAUAAGUCAUUAUCCAAUAAUAACGAGUACAACCAAAAUUACAGAAUAGCUUUGAUGUGUAAUGGCCAAAUGUUUGGAGAUCAGGAUGCCUUCUUUGAACGUCCCUACACUUCAACCGUGAUCUGAAGGAGCAACGAUGGGGAGCUUUACCGAAUCACAAGGGAGAAUUUCCAGAGGUUGAAAAAUCAUGGGGACUGAUGGAAUAAAAUUACUUCUAAAUAUAUUACCCAGGAAACUCUGCACCAUAAAUUGCUGAAGAACCAGAAGAAGUUCAACAAGGAAGCUUUUAAAAAGAAUACAAACAGAAGUACACAUUCUCGUAGCAAGAGCUCAAUGCCAUAUGCUUUGAUAGCCCAAAAAUCUCCCUAUCUCCGCCAGUUUGCGAAGAAGAAGAAAAUCAAAGAAAUUGAAAAACGAGAGAUCCUCAAAGAAAUAGUCAAGGACUAUACCAAAAUUACUAGUAACAAUAAGCUUCGCAGUGAAGCAAUGCAGAGGGAGACCCUUAUAACCGACUCAGAUAUCCGUGUAUUCCAAAAUACCAAGCUAAACACACCCGAGAAAGUCAGCACAAUGAGAAAGAAGCUGGGUGGUGACUUUACUUCUUCAGACCAGAGAGAAAGCUAUGGGUCUAUUGUGAGAGGUCACAGGAACCCAAUAGCCAACAAGUCAACUUUCAGAUAUGAAGGGCAUAGUUUCGAAGUUGAUGAGACUAUCUCCAACCAUAAUGCUAGCGCUGCUCAUCCAAGAGUCAAUUCUAUUAUCGAAACUAAUGCCAGCCUUUCCAAUAUCAGGAAGAAAAAGGUUCUUCAUCCGAAAGAUCUGAUGCGGGCUUCCGUCGAAGAAUCCCAGGACGGAUACAGAAAUUCCUUCUCAAGACAGUCUAAAAUGAUAAUGAAUUAUAAAAGUUCUGAAAUUGAUCGCAACAGCCUAGCUUCAGCCUGUGAUGGGUAUCACAAGAUGAAAAUCCCAAUCAAAAGAAAUCCUUUGUUUAAAAGACGCUCAGGAUUCAUGCCAAUAGCAUGCACGAUGAGAAGCAAGAAUUUGAAGAAAAGUCAUAGAAUCUCAACAUCAAUUGGGAGAAAGAGACAGACUCUAAACGGUCCGUUGCUUGGCAAAAAAAUUACUCCUGCAAAAAUAAACAUCCAUGGGCAUAAGCUCCAUAAUGGCAGUAUGGGAAAUAUGGCUAUGCUCUUCAAAUAA